UGCUCCACGUCGGCUGCACAUGCGCACUGGUCACCUGCAAGAGAUGAGAGACUAGCGACCAGUAAGAAUGCUGGAUGCUGGAAUUACAUUUUAAAACAACAUUUCGCUUGGAAGUAUAGCAUCUGGGUGAAAAUAUGUUCAAGAAACUAAAGCAAAAGAUAAACGAGGAGCAAUCGCCGCAAAGGAAUGCGCAGUCACCGCAACAGGCCCAGCAGGUGGGCCCUGGAGAGAGACGCAGCAGCCACACCCCCCACUCCCUGCACCAAGAUGCCUCAGCCUCCCCUAGUGAUAGAGAGGUGCUGGCCGGGAUGAUAGCCCAACCUGCUUUUCUCUCUGAGUAUACUAUCUUUGCUCUGGACCAAUCAAAACCAUCCCCCAAAGCACCUCAAGCGCAGGUCUCUCAGGUAGCCAGUGCGAGAGGCACCACAGGAUCACCCAGAGGAAGCAUCAAUGGAGACGGGAGGGCUUCUCCUCAGGGAGAGGAGUCCCAGUCGUUUACCCAGAAGCUCCGUGUCCCCUCUGUGGAGUCUCUCCUCCUCCGCGGUGCUAGCCGUGCCGAGGGCCUCUUCCGUUCCCCAUCCAAAGAAAGCUUGAACCGCAGCCCCUCUCUCAACUCCCUCACCCCCCUGGGGGAAAAUGUGCCCCUGGUCUCCCCCUCUGCCGUCCCUCCCACCCCAGCCUACGAUCCUCCGUCAGACAUUGAGAGCGAGGCAGAGGAGUCGUAUGGUAGCCCUGAGUGCCUGUCUGCCCUGUCUAAAGAACAGCUGAUCCAUCGGCUACACAGGGUGGAGAAGAGCCUGGGGAACUACAGAGGGAAAUACGCUGAGUUGGUCACUACCUACAGAACAGUACAGAGAGAGAAAGAGAAAAGCCAGGCCAUUCUCAGCCAGAGUCAAGACAAAGCUCUCCGUAGGAUAGGGGAGUUGAAAGAGGAGCUGCAGGUGGACCAGCAGACUAAGAAGCACCUUCAGGAGGAGUUUGAUGCUGCCCUGGAGGAGAAGGACCAGAUGAUUACUGUGCUUCAGACACAGGUGGCCCUGAUGAAGAAGCGUCUGAAGGGGGUCCCUGGGGGAGCUGUGGCCCCUGAGGUUGAACACCCUCUCCAGGCUGAAGAUAACUCAGCGUCUGCCCCACAGAGCCCCUCCACAGACACAGCAGAGGGCAGCUCUGACCCAUCUACAAUCAUGGAGGUGUUUCAGAAGGUGACACGCCAGGAGAAUCUGCUCCAGAAGUGUAAGGAGCUGCUGAGGACACACAAGGAGCGCAACGCCCAGCUUACCAGCGACAACAACACUCUGCAGGAGCAGCUGCAGGAGAGACUGCAGGACCUGGAGAAAACCAAGGAGCUGCACACCACAGAGAAGACCAAGCUCAUCACCCAGCUGCAUGGUGCUGAGAACCUCAUUCAACAGCUGGAGCAGGACAAGGUCAUGGUGAUUGCAGAGACGAAGCGUCAGAUGCAUGAAACUCUGGAGAUGAAGGAGGAGGAGAUCGCCCAGCUCCGCUCCAGAAGCAAGAUGGCCGCCGCCCAGAGAAAAGAACUGCAGGAGCAGAAGGAGAAGUCUGAGAAAGCUGCGUUUGAGGAGCUGGAGAAGGCUCUGGCCGUGGCCCAGAGGGCUGAGGAGGCGCGGAGGCUGCUGCAGCUCCAGCUGCAGGAGCAGGUGAAGGAGGUGGAGAGGGCCGGGGAGGAGGAGAGGAGGAGUCUGCAGCAGAAGCUCACCAGGGUCAAGCAGGAGGUGGUCACCAUCAUGAAGAAAUCCUCAGAGCAGAAGAUGUCAGAGAUGGACAAGCUACAUAGUGAAGCACUGGCCAGUAAAGAACAGGAGCUCAACGCUCGAAUCAACCAGGCCGUGGAGCAGUGCAAAGAGGAGCUGGCCCAGGCUGCCAAGGAGAAGGAGCAGCAGUCUGCUCUGGCCCUGGAAGACUCAGAGCUGCAGAAGGCUGCCAAGGAGAAGGAGCAGCAGUCUGCUCUGGCCCUGGAAGACUCAGAGCUGCAGAAGGCUGCCAUAGAGACCGAGUCAGAGACCAAUGAGAUACGGCUGGAGCUGGAGACCGCCAGAACUAGAAUACUGGAACUUGAGAGCUCUCUGGAAAAAUACUCCCAACCUGGAUCAGUUCCAUCAACAGAUGAUCGCUCCACUCAGAUGGAGGAGCUAAGGAGGAAACACAAGGAGGAGGUGACUGCAAUAGAGGAGAAGCACCGCGAGGAGCUGGAGAAGCACAAGGUAGAGUUGCAUCAGGAGGCCUUAGCCCAACACAAUGCUGCUAUGGAGGAGCUCAGGGCAAAACACAGAGCUGAAGUGGAGAUCAUCUUGAAGGAGAAAGAGGUCCAGUUCCAAGCCCAUCUAGAGGACAUUAACCAGAAGACGAUGGAGAAGCAGAAUGUGAAACAGACUCAGCUGGAAGCACUUUCCUUUGAGCUCCAGGAGGUGUUGAGGAUCAAACAGGUUCUCGAGGAGAGACUGGAUGCAGUUGAAAACGCUGGUGGGUCAGCCAGGCAGGAGUUGGAGCAGAGGCUACAGGAGUUGCUGACCAAGCACAGUAUGGAUAUCGAGGAGAUCAAGCUGCAGCACGAGCAGUCCCUGGGAGGAAUGGAGAAGAUGCUAAAAGAGGAACUCAACAAGUUGACGAUGGUGCUGAAGGAGAAAGAGAAGGAUCUUGAGGCUCACCUUGUCUGUGAGAAGAGCCUGAAAGAAGAGUCCGAGACAGUUCUUCAAGACAGGAACAUGAAAGUUAAAGAAUUGGAGGAGCUUAGAAAGAGUUUAAAGCAGGCCCAAUCAGAAAAUAAGGGCCUUGAGAAAUCUAACGCCCAACUCCGUAAGAUUAGAGAUGAACUCUCAGAGUGCAGGAGUCAGUUGAAAGAUUUUGCGCAAAAACUUGAAACAACUCAAAGUGACUGCCAGCAGAAAGAGAACUCUCUUCAACAAAAGGUACAAGAGCUUGAAACACUAGAGAAGCAGUUGCAGCAGGCUAAGAAGGAGCUCUCUGAACAGGGUAUAUCUUACGCUGACCAACUGAACACUAAGCAAGAGGAAGAAAAACGACUAAAGAAACACCUGGAGGACCAGAAGGCUGCUCAUGAGAAGAAGGUGGAAAACAUUAAGAAAGAUAUGGAGGCCAAGUGGAAAUCACAGGAGACGAAGAUGGAUAAAUUUAAAACGAAGACCAAAGAGAUGCAGGAUAAAUUUAAGAAGAAGCUUCAGGAGCAAGAGGAAUCUUUGAAAAAGGAACUGGCGAAGAAGGAGUCAGAGCUACAGCAGAAAGAACAGAAACUUAAAGAAAAAAUCCUGGCGUCUCAGACAAGUUCAGAAGGCCUGAGCAGUGCUAUGUACCAGCUUGAGUCCAAUCACAAGGAAGAACUAGAGAAGAUGCGUGAAGUCCAUAAGCAAGAGAAGAAAAAGCUUGAGUGUUAUUGGCAGGAAAAGAUGGGACAACAGGAAGAGGAAAUGCAGGAGAAAUACACACAAAUACUACAGGAGAAGAUGCAGGAAGUGGAGGCGGUCAACCAGCAGCUUGGAACCACCAUGGAAGAAAAAGAGCAAGUCGUGCAGGAAGUGAAGGACUUGAAGGAAGAGUUGGUGAUGAGACAGACCACUGUGCAGAAACUGCAAGCUGAACUGAAGGAAGCCGCAGUCAAGAUGGAGAGUUUAUCUCAAGCUGAGGCAAUUUUCAAAGAGAAAAUGGAGGCGGUCGAGAGGAAUCUAAACACUGCUCUGAAUGAGAGGAACUCCUUCCAGGAUCAGCUGAACAAGACUGAGAAUAAGGCAAGAGAGAAGCUCAAGGCUCUGUCUGAGAAGUUUGUAGACACUGAGAAGCAGCUUCAAGCUCUUGAGGCUUCUAAGGGUAAGGAAGGGGAGGCAGUUCAGAGGAGACUUGAACAGCAUUCUCUUCAACUAGAUGUCAAAGAAAAAGAACUGCAGAAGCAGUUUGCUGGGAUCAGCAAUGAAUUAAUGCGUUACUGCCGGGACAUUGAGGCCAGCAUCGAAGAUGGUACGAAGGAGCUAUCUGAACGAGUCGAGAGCAGAGUGAGAGAGCUGAAAGACAGGGUUCUGGGUAAUCAGAAGAAGGUAGCACAUCUUAAAAACAUUAUCCUUACCAAGGUUGACAGGAUACGCACUUUGGAGGAGCAACUCCAGCAGAGGACAGAGGAGAAGAAUAACCUAUGCAGCUCGCUAGAGCAGAUGACUGUUCAACUAAAUGUACACCAAGAUGAUAUCAAAGCCUUAACUGCUGAGAGGGAGUCUCUACAGAGGGAGGCUGAAAAUCACUCUCAAGCUCUCUCAGAAAAGGUCAUUUGCAUCGAACAGCUCAGUGAGGAAAACCGAACCAUCUCAGAGAAUGUCAAAACAAAUGUGGUGUAUAUCAGCAACUUGGAGAGUGUCAUAAACGAUUUGAAGACCCAGUUAGCAGGUAGCCUAACAGGGAAGGAUGAAGCCAUAUCACUGCUUGAUCAGCAGCACAAGGAGGAGAGAGAGAGGCUCGUAUGCCAAAUGGAGGAGACCAUUGACAGACUAGAGAAAGAGAAGAAAUAUGCAGUGGAGCAGGCUGACACCCUCAAGAACAACCUCACUGAGUUCAAGAGGAACGCAGAGUCCAAGUUCUCUCAGAACCACAAUACUGUCAAGUCUCUGCAGACCAGGUUUGAGGAUAUGGAGAAACAGAUCUCUGAGAAGGACGAGGCCUUACAGAGGCUGAUGGCCAGCAUCGACAAUCAGUCCAUCAGAAAGUCUGAGAUGGACCAAGCCUUGAGUGAAAAGGAGCAGAAAGUCAGUUCCCUUACUUUGGAGGUGGAGAGCUGCAACAGCCAACUCAUUGAGCUGAAGGAGCAUUUGGUCCUUAAGACAAAGGAGAGCGAGCAGCUAACUGCUGACCUGAAGGAGCAGCACAGUAUCAAGGAGCGUGAGAAACGAGAGCUCACAGAGCGUCUACAACAGACUCAGGAGCAGUUCAGAAUCCAGAAUGGAAAUCUAGUCCAGGCAACAGAGGAGAAACUGCAGUCCUUGGAGAGAGAGAGACAAACUUUGAAACAAGAGCUGGAGCGGCAGAGGGAAGCCUUUGACAAGACGAAGACUAAAGAGGAGAGUCUGAAGGCGGCUGAAGAGAAGUUGUCAAAAGACAAUGCUAGGAAAGUGGCUGAGCUGAAGAAGAAAGCUGAGCAGAAAAUCAGCCAGAUUCGGAAACAGUUGACCUCACAACUCGAGGAGAAGGAAAAGACUGUCAAAGCCCUUCGGACACAGUUGGAAGAGGCUAAGGCAGACGAAGCGACAAAAAAGCAGCGGGUGGAAACCCUGGAAGAGAAAGGAAAAUCCCUAGAGGAAGCCAUGGCCAAGAUGAAGGAAGAACAGGAGAAACACAUUGAGCAAGUACAUAGUGAUGAGAGACUGGAAAAAGAGAGCUCUUUACAGAGUUUGAAGGACAUGUAUGAGGAAAAGCUAUCAUCUCUUCAGAAAUACAUUUUGAACCAGGAGGAAGCCCUAGCCAAGUGGAAGGAAGAACAAGAAAAACAUAUUGAGCAGCUACGGAAUGACGAGAGACUUGCGAAAGAGAGCUCUUUGGAGAGUUUGAAGAACAUGUACGAGGGAAAGCUAUUGUCGCAUCAGAGAGAUGUUUCGAACCAGGAGGAGACCAAAGCAGAUGAGACCCUCUCAAGGCUUGAGGAGGUUGAGAUUAAGCUCAAGGAAGUGGAGGAGGAGAAAGUAAACCUUCUGGCUGAAAUCAGCCGCCUCAAGGAAGAUCUGCUUGAGAAGACUGAACUGAUCGAACAGCAAAAGACAGAAUUGGUUAGCUUAGAAACACAGGGUCAGAAUGCAGUGGAGCAUUGCACUGCAGAGCAAACCAAGAGUCUCACAGCAGGCAAAGAUUGGGAGAACCACCCUCUGACGCAGGAAGAUGGGGAUGCUGAAUCUCUGUCGUCCUUGCAGAAUAAGCUGGCAGAGGCGGUGCAAGAGAAACAGAAGCUACAGAAAGACCUGCGUUCCCUGAGGAGGGAACACCAGCAGGACCUGGAGUAUGUGAAGAAAGAAUUGACCCAAGAGAAUGAGAAGAAGCUCAAGCUUGAGGUCGAAGAUCUGGAGAUGAAGCACAACUCGUCCCUGAAGCAGCUGAUGAGGGAGUUCAACACACAGAUGGCUUUGAAAGAACAGGAGCUGAGUGCUGCAGUGAAGGAGACCAUUGGGAAGGCCCAGAGCGUGGAGGUGGAGCUUAUGGACAGCCAUCGGGAGGAGACCAAUCAGCUGCAGAAGGUGAUCGCCCAGAAAGAUGAUGACUUAAACAGAACGGUCCAACGAUAUGAGCAGGUCCUCCAGAGUCGAGAGGAGGAGAUGGGGGACAGAGUGUGGCAGGUACAGAAAGAGCUGGAGGACCUGCAGGCAAGGACCCACAGCGCCAGUAUAGAGAUGGGUGUGGAGGAGCUGCAAGCCCAGCUAGCUGAGAAGACCACCCAGCUGAGUGAGGCCAGGCUGAAGGAACAGCACUUUGUCGACAGGAUCCACUCGCUGGAGGACAAGAUGCGAUUAGUCCACAAGAACUCAGUGGUGACUCAUCUGGGGACCACGUUCAAAGAUCCUGGCCACUACAGCGCUGAGUCCUUCUCAGAACCCACAGAGUUUGAGUACCUGAGGAAGGUCCUAUUUGAGUACAUGAUGGGGCGGGAAACUAAGACGAUGGCUAAAGUCAUAACCUCCAUGCUCAAGUUCCCACCAGACCAAGCUCAGCAGGUUCUGGAGAAAGAGGAUACAAAAGCAAUUCCCUGGCUACGCUGAGGGGCAGGUAUCAGGAUGGAGAUGGACUAAACUGCUGCUGAAGGACUGCAGACUGCUGCACCACUGUGGACUAG